AACCUCAAGCUUUGGUUCGUCCGCUCACUCGAAAAACGAGUUUCGCCGCGUGCGGAUUGUCGUCUCUGUGGCUUUCGUAAAACAAAAAAAUACUGCUACUGGUAGCAGUGCUACUGCAAUUCCUACAUCAAUUAUCUCUUUGAACAAAAUAACGCACCAUUAAACAAAUGCAAAGCAACAAAAAUUUGUGUACAAAAUUGUGUAAAAGUGUAAAAAAAAACAUAAUAUUGUUUGUCGUAACUACAAAUAGCGGUCUAUGGUUUGUUUUGAAGCUAUGGGUAAACCCAACAUUAACCGCAACAACAUUAAAUUUGUGUUAUUUUUAAGCCCAUAAUUUAUGGAAAUUAUCAGCAAAAAAUAUAUAUAUUUAUUUUGAAGUCUCUAAAAAAUACAAGAGUAUUUAUUUCCCUCCCUCAAGUACGUGUAAAGUGAGUGUAAAAGUGAGUGCUCCAAUUGGUUUAUAGAACGUGCAAAGAAAACGGUUAAUACCUGAAGCAAACAACACACAAGAAAUCUAACAAAUAGAUGAAGCCCACAUUAAAAUGAAGUUAAAAUUGCCCCCGAGCAGAGCCUGCAUGCUAAUGGAGCUGUAAACAAAGCCCCAGACCAGCCACAGAAUAUUUUAAUGGUACUUCUGAGAAGCUUUUUCCCCCGACAGCACCAGAAGCAGAGGAGGACUGACCCUCUCCCCGCUCUCGUCCCCGCUGAAGCCUCUCUGAAGGACUGGAAGUAAAAGUCGAAAUUGAAAACUCUGAAGGAGAGCUCUCCACCCAAAUCACGUAGUCAAGAACGGGCCAGUGCACACAUCCAUCCAGCCAUCGAGGGAGAAGACGGAGAAACAGCUGCCAGGACACACACACACACACAUCCCAUCGAAGGAGCCAACGGCUUGCUGCAUGCUGGCCAAGCCCCAGAUAGCACACAUCCAAUAGUUUUAGAGCUCCUGCUCCUGCAAACCCCAAUCUCCCUUACGUCCAAAUGUAUGCCGGGCGAGCGACACAAUUUGCCAAAACCAUCAGCAGCAUGGCAUGCAGCAUACAGAAGCAGCCGCAAGCCGCAGGACAGCCCGCAGCCACAGCCAUGACGACGAUGACUACGACGACGACGACGACAGCAACCACCUCAUCCUCAUCCUCGUCGAGCGGUGCACCAGUAGCACCAGCAGCAGCACCAGCCGCAGCAGCAGCAGCAGCCGUAGCAGUAAUAGUUCCUGAUGUCCGACGUGGAGGCGGUUCCAGUGGAGCGGGCACUGUGCCCUCCACACCGAAAUCAAGCAAGACAUCGGCCCAGCCGAGGGGCUCGCUGCCAACGGAUGUAAAUCAGCCCCCGUUGGAAUUUCAAUGGCCACCGCCGGUGCCUGUUUCGACGCACACAAGCAACUUGCGCCUGAACAUGAUGAAUCAGGACCCAAAGGACCUGCACACAGCAAGGGCCAUCAUCGAGGAGCUGCGCUCCAAAGUGCGCUUUCAAACAGAGCACAUCAUGAAGUGGCGCAAGGCGUACGCCAUGCAGGUACAGCAGCACUAUCGCUAUCAGAAGGAGAAAUCCGAUCAGAUGAACUCCCUGACCUCCCAGCUGCUGCUCUUGGAGUCCCGCCUGAAGCGAAAGCAGAAACAGAUCGCCAGCCUCCUCAACCAUCGAGAGCUGACAAUCGCACGCCAGCAGAAGGUCAUCGAUACGCUGUCCUCGCGGCUGGUGGAUCACGGACUGGAGACGAUCGAUGCGAGCUAUGCCAACGAGUUGGACUCCCUGAACGACUCGGAUUCGGCGGUGGUGCUGGAGGACAUUGAUUCGGACAGCACCAUGACAUUGGGCACGCGACGGAGGAGCAGUGGAGGCGGUGGAGUGCUGGGAAGCGAUGGCAUCACUAUAGUCCGUUCGAUAUCUGAUGCAAUUGAAACGAAUCUGAACAAAUAUGGAGCUGCACGGCGGAACAAUUGCUUCUUGCGACGUCCUGACAUCCUGGAGACGGUUUAUUCGGUGGAAGAGGACCCCGAACCCACACCCGAUGUGGCGGAGAAGCGGGACAAAUUCAAGAAUCGGUCGGACAAGGCCUUGAGCUCCAGCUCCACCGAGGGACAAAUCGAUGGCGUCAGCCCCACGGCGGCUGCCAGCGCAGAAAAAGCCAAAGAGUCGUCGAUGAGUGUGGAUGGAGGAGGAGGCCCUGCGAUUCCGCGUCGACAGCUGGGAGCCCUGAAGCGAUCCCCCAGCCACGAUGCCCCGUGCACCACAGUGAGUGUCAAAGUGCCACAGUUACAGCCGACGGCACAGCAGCCACAGCAGGAGCCGCUCAAUGGCAAGAAUCAGGUACUCUCCUACAAUCGUGUGAUGUUGAACCAUCGAUCGGUGACCAAGCCCAAGGACGUCAAAUACAAGCGCAUCAACAAGGCCAAGUCCAAGAGCCUCGAAGAGCUGCGUGGGCGACUAAAGAAUCUGGUGGAACGACCGCCCGGACUGGAGGGUGGCUACCCCUCGGGCAUGAUGCCACAGACGGCACAGUCGUAUGCGUGACAUUCGCCACAGCAGCCAGACGAUGGCCCCAAGAAGCCCAGGCAGCAGGAGCAGAUGGAAACCGAAGAACGUAGGGGCUCUGCCACUCCGAUAGCGGCGACGCCGUCAGAGCCGGAGGCAAGUGGUGGCAGGCAUGGCUGUCCCAAGCGUUCAAUGACCCUGCCACGGAUACUAAUGCCCCAGGCGACCAGCAGCAGUAGCGGCAGCGGCAGCGGGGGCAGUGGCAGUGGCAGUGGUGGGCGUGGCAGUUUCUAGCAAUUAAAGAAAUUUUUCAUACGCAAUUGUGAUAAAAAGUGAAACAGUUUUUCCUUCUACUAUCUUUUGUUAUUCCUCUUUUAGGGAAGAUAUAUUCCGAAUGUAUCUUUUAGUGGAUGGAUUCGUCCUUGAAGGGCAUAUCUUCUAAAUGUAUCUUUCAGUGAAUAAAUCGCUCUUUGAGGAGGCUAUACAUUGAUUGUAUCCUCCCCUUCAAAGGGGUUUAUCGUUUUAAAGAUAUACUCUAUCUUUCAGUUGCUUUUAAAUACACGAUUCUCUGUUGUAACAUUUGUUUCCUUCGGAUGCCUCCGGCUAUCCUUUGCUCAGUUCUUCACAAAAACUCUGCAUUUAAUUUAGUCUUAGUUUUUAUUUGUAACAAAACGGAACUGCAUUUUUGACUUAACAUUUAUUAUGUAUAAUUUUCACACACAAAUAAAUCACACACUAAAAUAAACAACAACAUACAUAUUCUCUGUCUAUUAUUUUCCCGGAAAACAAGAAGCGUAUGAAAAAUUUCAUCGUAUGAAGUGUUUAAGUGGAAAUGUAAGUGUUUUAUCCUAUAAGGAAGAGAAGGUGGCUAUGGUCUGUGACAUAAUCUGCUUUGAGGACAAUAUUCCCAAUGAAAUAAAAUCCAAAAAGUUCAAAAGUAAAGAGAUCCCCUCAAAAGUUGAAGGAAGGUAUAAGUAAGAGCCGGCUUCAGCUUCAGUUCCAGGCAAAGGAAGGGCCGUCGCGAUGUGGGUGAAAAGUAGGCUAGCUAAAGGAUACUACAACAAAUAUACCUAUUACAUAUAGAACAUGUACUAGUUCUAGUUAGAAACCUAAGUGAAAAUGUAUUCGUGUCGAUAUUCGUAUAACUUUUGCAGAGAUCAGAUCGUAGAUGCAUAUACAGAGCAUAUUUUCAGCUUGAGAUAAAGAUACUAUCAGCUUGUAUCAGUGUGGCAGUGUCUAUAGAUACAGAUACAUUCCAACCACUUUGCAGUACCGCUUUUCAAAAUGUAGAAAUUCUCACCCCCAAAAAUAGUUUCCCUUUCCCCCUCUUUGGAUAUCUCAGAAUUUAGUUUGUAAGCUCUACUCCAUGGACUGUCUUCUAGAUAACAGAAUUUAAAAUAUGAAUAUGAAUAUAUAUUUUCUUACUAACAAAAAGCAUACUAACUAUUUUUACAUUAAUUACUAAAUAAAAUAUAUAGCUGUAAGAACACAUUAAACACAUAUUUAAGAGUUAUUUUUGUGUUGACUUUUGGAUUAUUAUUUUUCGAUUAUUAUGAACUCUGGGGGAAACCGAACCCCCAAGAGCAAGACGUCAGAUGUACCUU